CUCAUCAUCUCCGUUCAGAUCUGUCGAUUCCAUCACCCGACAUCAACGACUCCUCCACACGGUGCCUACACCGCACAGCCUGCGUUGCCCCUGCUUCGCUGCCUUCGCCUUCACUUCGCUGCCUUCACUCUUCACCAUCGCUGUGUUUAUUUUUCUCCGGAUUUUCAGUUUGUGUUUUCAUUCCAACAUAAAACUGCCAAAUCUCUAGCAGAUUUGAAAUCCUGGUUCAUGGCAGAUUUGAGCCGGAGUAGUGACGGCGGCGGUGGUGGCGGCUCUGAAGUUGACACCUGUAGCGGUCAGAGGAUGGUGGUGACGACGGCGGCGGAUGACGAUACUGGUGUGGGAGGCAUCGACAGGCGGUGGCAAGGGCUGUGGCAAGCGGCCGCGGGUGGGAACAUUGUCGAGGGUGGCUGAACUGCUCGUAUGAAAUUCAGGGUUUUGUUAAAUUGUAAUUGUACAUUUUUAAUUUUUAAUUAAAAAAAAACUGAAUGAGGGGCAUUUUUGUACAAACAAGUGGAUUUUAAGUCCUACAUAACAUACAUUUCUUUCUUGGUCCUAUUUGUGCACUCUAAACUUCUUUUAGUCCUAAACGGGUCAUUAACUCAAAUAUAUAUUCAUAGAGCAUAGUAAUAUACUCCCUCCGUCCCGCUAUGAUUGUCCCAUUUUACUAUUUUGGUCCGUCCCACAAAGAUUGUCUCAUACCUUAUUUGGUAAAGUUUGUGUGGUUCUAAAUCAUUCCUACUUUAUUCUUACUUUAUCAAUUCAAUAUCAACCACAUAAACCCACUUUUAUUAAUAAUUGUGUCACCUUCUCUUGUCCCAAACUUAGGGGGACGGAGGUAGUAAUAAAAUUGCACAUUAACUAGGAUGGCUUAUAGUAAAAAAAGCUAGGAUGGCGUGACAUAAUGUAAUAUAUAUGAGCCAUGCCUUUCAAUUUUAAACACCAUUAAAAUCACAGUCGGCUUCCAUAAAUACUCUGUAUUGCGCAAUACUUCUGUCCCAAUUUGAAUAUCUUAUUCACUAUUCCGCGAUCACUCCAACCCUAUUCUAACCUCUAGAUUGAUGUAUCAAAUAUUUAUCAUAUUCAAAUUUGGUUUAUGCAAUCUAAUAGAACAUUCGGUGUAGUUUCGAAAUAUGUAAAUAUUUUUUUUGUCACGGGAGGUACACCUAAGUCGGUAGUCGGUGGGGCAAACGCCGGGAACAUUUGCCAGCUUUAUAAGAAACAUAUGUAAACAAUAUUAAGUAUUAGUAUUUGAAUAAUAUUUGAAGAUUUUAAAUUUUAACUUCUACUCCCUCCGUAUUUAAAAGUUCCAUACACUUUCCUUUUUAGGAUGCAUUUAAAAGCUCUCUACACUUUCCCUUUUUGAUAAGUUUUUCCUUUAAAAAUACUCAAUUACCCUUACUUUUUCUACUUUUUAUCCUCUUUUUCCUACUUUUUCACCUCCUCUCCUACUUUUUCUAUGCUAUUCAUUACCCCCACUAUUCUACCUUAAAUCAUGUGUCAUAACCAAACGUAGCGAUCUUUUAAAUACAGAGGGAGUAUUUAAAAUAGGACAUUUUAGUAAAUUUAUAUAUGACCCAUCCCCUUCCCUCACCUACAAAUUUAUUUUAUUAUAAGUAAAAUUAUUUUAUUACUUUUAUGUUUAAUUAUUAAAGGUGAAGUUUUUUAUUUUUAAGCUUUCAUCUUCUGAUAUAGUGCUACGUAAUUCAAAUAUGAGUGUGUUUGGUUGGAUGUAAAAAGUGAUUACUUGUAUGUGAAGUGGAG